AUGGCCGUCGGAAAUCUGACGCAAGAUGAGCUGGACGGGAUCUACGCCUUUGCGGUCGAUCUGGGCCGCAAGGCGGGCAAUAUGCUCAUGGAGCGCGUGGAGCAGCGUAUCUCUGGUGGCGAUGCGCUCUCGCAACAGUUCGAGGAGAAGGAUAACGCAGUAGAUAUUGUGACGCAGACCGAUGAAGAUGUGGAGGUAUUCAUCCGGAAGGCUAUUCAUGCGCAAUAUCCGUCGCAUAAGUUCCUCGGCGAAGAAACCUACGCCAAAGGCCAGUCGCGCGAGUACCUGAUCGACGAGCAUCCAACGUGGUGCAUAGACCCAUUGGACGGAACCGUCAACUACACCCACAUCUUCCCCAUGUUCUGUGUCUCCAUCGGCUUCAUCGUCCAGCACCGUCCCGUAAUUGGGGUGAUCUACGCCCCCUUUCAAGACCAGCUCUUCUCCGCCUGCAGCGGGCGCGGCGCCUGGCUAAACGAGUCGCGGCAACUCCCGCUCGUGCGCAGGCCCGCCGUGCCCCCGAUGCCGGCGAAUGCGCCGGCGCAGUGUAUCUUUGCCUGUGAGUGGGGCAAGGAUCGGCGCGAUAUCCCCGACGGCAAUAUGCAUCGCAAGAUCGAGAGCUUUGUCAAUCUUGCGGCGGAGUUGGGGGGUCGGGAUGGGAAGGGGGGUAUGGUGCAUGGGGUGCGCAGCUUAGGGAGUGCGACGAUGGAUUUGGCGUAUACCGCUAUGGGGGCCUUCGAUAUUUGGUGGGAGGGUGGGUGCUGGGAGUGGGAUGUUGCUGCUGGAAUUGCUAUUCUGCUUGAGGCCGGUGGACUCGUUACUACUGCCAAUCCACCGGAUGAUCCUGAAACAGCCCCGAUCGAGGAUGUACGGCUGGGCAGUCGAUUGUACCUUGCUAUCAGACCAGCAGGACCAUCCGCAACUGAAACAGGCCGCCAGUCGCAAGAGCGCGCCGUCCGGGCAGUCUGGCGGCGGGUCCGCCAGCUGUCGUAUACCCGGCCGGGGGCAUGA